UCCUACACACGAAUACAACCUUACGAAGAUAUUUUUUCAUCACCUCAUUUACUACCCAAAACAAAUGAGAAGCUUAGCAUGCUCGAGAAACUUGUGGCCAUUUCUGAUCCAUGUGUAGGGCCACGAAGAAGUCUAUAUAUAUAAAUAUAUAUAGACACAUAUAUAUGCAGGCAAAUCCCUCUCUUUGAAAAUUGGGUGACACUUUCUUGCCUUCUUCUUGUUCCCUGGUGCGCAGGAACUGGAAAGCAAUGGCCUUCAAGUGGUUGCUCAGUUCAGCAUUCAUCCAAGUUAUGGGGACUGCGGAAGGAACUGGGAAGGAAAAAGAGAAGGGAAGACCGACCCGCGAUCAAGCCCAACGGAGCGGGAAGGCCAGCGGCAAGGACAGAGAAGAAGAGCCAGCGACCGCAACGAGGUUCCAAGUGCCCCUUCACUACCCGAGGUACACAAGAGCUGAGUACGAGAAGAUGGAGGAGUGGAGGCUGGACUUGCUCCUCCAGCAAUACGGGAUGAACUGCCGGGGCUCUCUCGACGAGAAGAGGGCGUUCGCCAUCGGUGCUUUCCUGUGGCCCGAUCAGCGUUGACUGCCCGACAGACGAAACUCUUGCUGGUGCGAGAAACUCUUAAGUGAUGUAAUUCGGGGAACUUGUUGAAGGAUUUUGCAGUCAUGUGGUUGGCGAAAUGAAAAGUUGCCAUGAUCAAAGGGAUGUGGAUGGUUUGGAUGAUCAAACGUCUAUUGCCCAUGCUCCCAACGGAGAGUCAGUUUUGUAAAAAUAGAUAACUUCUUCUUUUUCCAUGGAUCUGCUAUUAGGUUUUUAAUAUGGAUAUAUUUGUGGAAGACGUAAUAUAAUUUGGCUGUUAAGAUGGAAUGAUCAUUUCUAUGAUCCCCAGCGUCAUUCCUUUUUCAAGCAUAGACUAUCAUGCCGUAGGGGAUAUUUUGAAGUUGUCAUUCAACACAGAUUUAAUUACUAUUUACGUCGUUAAUUAUUAAUAUAUGAGCUACCUUGCUA